AGAGAGAGAGAGAGAGAGUUUGAUUGGGCUCUGAGUUGGCAGUAUCGCGUCUGAUGACUCUGAACGGAGGAACGCACACUUCCCUUCACAUCUCCAUCGACAGCCUUUCGUCAUUAUAUACCACCUUCAAGAUGCGACAUAUGCGCUGCUAUAGUCAGAUCUGACGACGGAAUAUGGACACUGCGGAGCUGUCAGACUCUCUUCUGAUCGCGUGCGAUGAUCACCAUGGCAAUAAUAAUUACGCGUCAGGAAAACAGCGCGACAUUUGCUGCCGUGUGUCGAGCGCGUGAGGGCGCGCUGUGUGUCAGAUAGUGACCAUCACUACCUAGUGAGUGUGUGCUCGAAUUUGUGUUCAUUCGACUGUAGACGAGGAGAUGGCCAGGCGCGCCUGAACACAAGCGUCUCUGCUGUCGCGUUCGUCCACCGCGGAGCUCAGCUUCAGUGCCAUUUAGGUGACGCGGCACCGGCUGUUGCGCAUCCCGUCGGUGCAAGCCCGGUGUGGAUGGGUGGUUCCGGAUUCUGAGGAGGUCCCCCGCCUUAUACAGAGAGACCACCCGGAUUCUGCGGAGGAAUGCCUCAACACGGAGAGGAGCGUCUUCAAGUUGCGUUGAUCCGGGUAUUGGAGAAGUGCAGUGGGCGACUGCAUAGACAGACAGUGCACGCAGCGGCACAAUAAAGGCCUGGACAGCAGCCAGUCGUGACUUUUUGAGUGGCGACAUAAACACGCACCCCACCGCGUUAGGGUUGCGUUCGGACGCGCCGCCUCCGCGCAACAGCUGCAAGUCAGUGCCAGCAGGUGCAAGACCUGACUUGAGUAUCUAUCUAUCUAUCUAUCUAUCUAUCUAUCUAUCUAUCUAUCUAUCUAUCUAUCUAUCUAUCUAUCUAUCUAUCAGGCACAUACUGUGAGACUACCACAAACACAAAGCGUUUCAUUCUGAUAGACUGAAACACACAGGUGUCACAAGUGUGGUCAGGAUGCAGGUUUCAUUCGCUUGUACGGAGCACAAUCUGAAGAGUCGCAGCGAGGACCGCCUGUGCGGCCUGCGAACUGCCCCUCCACCAGGGGGCAGCAACAGCGGAGGAGGAGGAGGGAGCGGGCAGGGGGGGAACGGCAACUACACCCCUCACGGCUUGGUCAAGUCACGGGACGUGGCGGGGUCCCGACCCCUGCCGCAAGGCCACGCCCACAUGAAGGAGGCUCUUGGUCGACACAGUAGCAUGAAAUACAGGAACCUUGGAAAGUCGGGUCUACGUGUUUCUUGCUUGGGUCUUGGUACCUGGGUGACAUUUGGAUCUCAGAUCUCUGAUGAGAUGGCAGAGAGUGUGAUGACGAUAGCUUAUGAGAACGGAGUUAAUCUGUUCGACACAGCAGAAGUGUACGCUUCAGGAAGGGCUGAAAUCACUCUAGGAAAUAUCAUCAAGAAGAAAGGCUGGAGACGGUCCAGUUAUGUAGUAACGACUAAGAUCUACUGGGGAGGACAGGCAGAGACAGAGAGAGGCCUGUCCAGAAAACACAUCAUAGAAGGUCUCAGAGGUUCCCUGUCUAGACUACAGCUGGAUUACGUGGAUAUUGUCUUCGCCAACCGAAACGAUGUGAACAGCCCUAUGGAAGAGGUAGUACGUGCGAUGACGUUUGUAAUAAACCAGGGAAUGGCCAUGUACUGGGGCACGUCACGCUGGAGUGCCAUGGAGAUCAUGGAGGCGUACUCUGUAGCGAGGCAGUUUAAUUUAAUCCCACCGGUGUGUGAGCAGGCCGAGUAUCACUAUUUCCAGAGGGAUAAAGUGGAGGUGCAGCUGCCAGAGCUCUACCACAAGAUCGGUGUUGGAGCCAUGACCUGGUCUCCUCUGGCAUGCGGGCUGAUCACCGGGAAAUACAGUGACGGGGUUCCAGACUGUUCCAGAGCCGCAAUUAAAGGCUAUCAGUGGCUAAAGGAGCGAGUGUUCAGUGAAGAAGGACGCAGACAGCUGGCAAAAAUCAAAGAGCUCCAUCUGGUGGCUGACAGACUGGGCUGCACGGCUGCUCAGCUCGCCAUUGCGUGGUGUUUGCGUAGUGAAGGGGUCAGUUCUGUACUUCUUGGUGUCUCCAAUACAGACCAGCUCCUUGAGAACCUCGGAGCCCUGCGGGUGCUGUCUCAGAUGACGCCUCAGACUGUGAGCGAGAUGGAUGCUCUCCUGGGCAACAAGCCUCACUCCAAGAAAGAGUCACGUGCGUGAGGGAACCAGAGAGAUGACAUGAACAUGUGCAGCCAGAAAAGACAAAGAACGCAAGGGGAAAAACGGAACAUGGCGUGCCAUUGCUUUUCUGCUCUCCCAUAUAUUACAACACCUGCAUGCCUUCUGCAACAUGCUUCCAGCCCACCCCACACUGCUCUCUGUAACCCUGCUCAAAUAUCUGAACACAACCUACCAAUUCAACACGGAAUCGGCUGUCUGCAACAUCACAGCGAUGUGACGAACAACAGCUUUUCAUUUCUUUACUCGGAGAGAAUGAAGAUUCAGUCUUCCAUGAGGAAUUGCUGCCGACUGUAGGAUGAAAGUGUCAAAAAGCUUGUUUAUUAGCAGGCCCAGACGGAAUCUGCAGCUUUUUCCGCUACGGAAAUUCCAGUGCGGAAUUCUGCGAAAUGAAUCAAAUGUGAUAAAUUGGAAAGUGCUAUAUUGUUAUCUCCAGCUGGAAGCAUGAUCAGAUUUGCCAAAAUAUUUAUUAAAAGGACAUGUGCGGGACGAAUGAUGUGUAGGACUUUCCGAAUCGUGAGCUUUCUGCGGAAACCUGCACAGAUUCCGCGUGGGCCUGGUCGUGCGUUCAAGAUCGUGUGUGUGCAUGCGGUGGCACGCUUUCUGAAUCAAACUCUCCAUGAAUGGCGUUGCACAUGAGUGACUCAGAAGAUGUUUAUAAAAGCUGCCCGUCCUGUUUGUUGGGACGUUCACUGCCUACAGGAGCAACAUGCAGCAACUGCAAACAGCUGUUUGGACACAUCACAAGUCUUCCUCCAUUUCCCUCCUUUCCAUCUCUCCUUGUGUUUACAACGGUGCACCUGUCCCUUUAAGAGAAUCUGUGCAGAUAGUGGAGGGGCGUGUGAGUGUGGAUGCAGUACCUUGCGAAUAUAUUCAGACCCUCACCAGUUCACUUAUUAAAAAACAACUCUUUUACUCUCUUAACUAUUACUAACAAACACCUAACUCUCUGUUAACUUAAACUGAUGCAGUGCUACAGACGGGAAAGAUACCUCAAAUCACGCGGCUUGUUUCCAAAUGAUUUUAAUUACAAAAACAGGUAAGAAAAUCUCUAUAGGACCAGAAUAUCACUGACCAAGGCCAUAGCCAUGUCUUGAACUUGAAAGACCCCAGUGGUAAAGGUAUUUUUAUUAAAAUAAAAUACAAUAUAUAUAUGUAGGAUUACAUAAAUUAAGGAUUUAAAUGUAUUUGGAAAAGAAAGAAGAACAGUAAAGUACUGUGAAGUACUCAAAUUAGUUUGCAAAUAAUAUUUUUAUUUUAAAUUAUGCACACAUUUAAUCUUAUUCAUAUGCAUUAUGAAUUACAUGAAUUAGCAACAAAUCAGCAACAUUUGACAAAACGUUGAGUAGCUUGCAUCACUCUAUAUUGCUGUUGAUCAUGAACAUUUCUAUUGCAAAAUGGUUGUCAAAUAUUAAAUGUUAAGCUGCUUACCUCCCACAUAUUCACUGUACAAUCUGAAGCGCUGCGCUGGAUGACAAUAUGAUACGAUAAACCAUUCUUGAGUGGACAAAAGGUCAGAGUACAUCACUGGAGAGAAUUCUGUCAUUUUCACUGGAAGAUGACCUUCUGAUUAAACAUUACGAGGUCAAAAUAAAUAGAUAGAUAGAUAGAUAAAAAUGAAACAUGCACAUAUGAAAUGUAACAAUAAGACCUAUAAUAUGCAUUUAUUCCCAAAUUUCAAAUUUUGUAGAGGCAUCCCUUUCAUGCACAAUUCAGACUAUUCUUCUUUCAAUUCUGUGUUUGUAACUUUUUAUUAGAAUUUCAAGAAGAAAAAAAAAAGCAAAAUUGUGAAAUGAAAUGUUGCAAUUAGCUUUUUAGUUUAUUUUUUUUACUCCAUAGCAGAAAUAAGCUUCCAUCGACAGUUGCGUUAUAAGUAGGGUAAAUAUUUUUCAUUUGUGUAAAAUUAAUUAUAGGAAUAAUUUCUUAAUAUAAUAUAAUUUCUAUGAUUAUUUUCUUAUUCUUAAAUCUAUAUAUAUCCUGUAUUGAAUUAGUGUGUUUAGGAAAAAUGAAAGAACCAAAAGGAAGUGCAGUCUGUUUGAGAAGUCUGUCUGGGCCUGAUAUAACAGGGACUGCUUGCUUGAAUAUUGGCAGGUGUUUGAAAAUCUGUUUUCUGCAAGAUACACACUUCACUUCUUUAUAUGCAGGAUUUGUAGUUUACGAAGUGGAUGCUGGUCUGAAUACUUCUGCAAGGCAUCAUCAUAGGUGUGGGGCUUGGCUUCAGCGGUCAGCAUCCUUUGCACUAAGUGGACAGAGUCAUAAUUUAAAGAUCAUAGUUCACAAAUAGUCAUGAAGAUCAAAGGUUAACAUGACCAGAGAACUGUGCUAGUAUUGCUUUGUGUGUUUGACAAAUACAAGCUGCGUCAGUGACAAUGAAAAGCGAAGCGCUUCACUUUUAAAAUGUGUUUGUGUCAUUCCAUGAUUUCAGAUCGAAAGACACAGAUUGGCUGGAUUACUGUCAAUUUCCCAUCAGCCAUUGUUGAAUAUCAGAGUGUGCAGUGCCUCAGAAUGUGGUUCAUAACUCCACCUGUUCCAUAACCCAAAACGCAUCGCAUGGCAUGCUGUCGGUUACCACAGAAAAUCAUUUGGACUCGUGUAUAAAAAUGCAAAUGUUGUUUACAGUAAUGCAUCUACAAUGAACUUUUUAGGGUAAGUGCACCACAGUGAGGUUUAUAGCAGAAAUGUGAAGCUGUGCACAGAUAAGGUUAGUAAGUGAUAUUUUCACAUUAGCUUUGUGUCUAGUCUUGUGCUCACACUUUCAAAAUUGUAUGUAUUUGAACAGAUAGUACAACUUGCCCCAUAGACUUCCACUAUUGUGAGUGAAUUACUGUAAACUCAAUUUUUGUUUUUACAAACUAAAUCAAAAGCUCAAUUAUUUUCUGCAGUAAAUGACAGCAUGCUAUUAAUCAAGCUUAAAGGAAUUGUUCACCCAAAAAUGAAAAUUUGCUGAAAAUGUACUCGCCUUCAAGCCUUCUACGAUGUUUGUUUCUUCAUCAGAACAGAUUUGGAGUAAUUUUACAUUACAUGUAACAUCACUUCCUCAUCAAUGGAUGCUCUACAGUGAAUGGGUGCCGUCAGAAUGAGAGUUUAAACAGCUGAUAAAAACAUCACAAUAAUUCACAAGUAAUCCAUGACACUCCACUCCAUCAGUUAAUGUCUUGAGACGCCAAAUGCUGAGUGUUUGUAAGAAACAAACCAACAAUCAUCAUUGAGCCAAUAAUAAUAAACCAAUAAACUAAUGAGUAAACUUCAAGCAAAUUUUCAUUUUGGUGAACUAUUCUUUUAACUCUACUGAACCCAGUCAAAAACAAGAAGACAAAAAGAUUUAGUUCAGCACAAUAAACAGGCACAGACAGAAUUAAUCCUUUUAUAUUCAACUAAGAUCAGUUUUACAAUGUGUGUAAUAUGAAUUGCAUUGGAGAAACCAGACCGUGGUCAGCAGAGCUAGCAAGAUUCACUGUAUUUAUUACAUUUAGUAUAUGAUUUUAUGCUGUUGAAAUUUUUAUUUGAAUGUUUUUCUUUCCCCAAAAACCCAAGACUGCUACUUAUUCAGCUAAGCUUUCCUCUAUUAAACAGAGCCGGGGUUGGAGAGAAUUACGAGCACUGACAGAACUGAGAUCAGUUUUGCGGCUUUUUUUUUUUUUUUUUUAGCAUCAAGCUGGUCCUGGGUCACUUCUUAAUGGAGUAACACAAGUCCCUUUAGUGGUAAUCCAAGUUCACUUCUGUAUUCUUUCUACAGAACUGGUUGGUACUAAUGUCUCUUUGUAUUUAUAAUGCUCAGUGAUUUAUGUAAGUAUUGUACCCGAGUUGGCAAGUCGGAAAAAGCAUCGGAAUGAUUGAUCUUUUUUGAUCAAUAUAAUCAUUAACAAGACUUAACUAUCAUUAGUUAACCUGAACUAAUGUAUAUAUACAUUUAGUGCACUCCCUCAUAUGGUAAUUUUGCCUGAAUAUGUUUAAUUUACUGUCAUGCAACAAGAAGCAAAAAAACAACAAGAAACAAGAAACAAGCCCUGUACUGAAUGUAUCUUGCUUGCCUUUAAAAUGUGUGGAGAAAAC